UGUAACGCGUGACGUCGCCGUGUUUACAGCGAGUGCGUGUGUGUAUCAUGUCCGCGGCUCGCGUUGCUCCUCGGAGGAGCGCUGUCUACGUGGUUGUGUGUUUUCCGCGUCCGGUCGCGUCGUUCCUGCACGCCGCAGUGUGAAUUCCGCGUGGAAAGGGACGUGUAAAGUACACUGCGCACUUCUCCCAGGGCGGACACGCCCACUCUCCGCUGCGACACGCGCGUCUCUCGAGCCACGGCGUGGCGCUUCGUGCUCCCCGCGGGGCUGUGGGAGCGCUGAGCGCGGCGGUACACUGACCGAUUCAGUGCGUCCGUCUGUGCUCGUGUUCCGUGGCCUUCCUCGUGAGCGCAGCGCCAUACACUGCGUGUCAGAGCAGGAUGUGCUUCUGGGUCUUUUAAAGACCCUUUUUAACGUGCGGGCCGCAGUGCUGCUCCUCGCCAGCAGGGGGCGCUGCGCGGAGAGCGCAGUCGCUUGUUCGAGUCGUGUGUCAUGUGUCAUGUGUCGUCUCUGUGACAGCGCGUCUGAUCUGUGUGUCCUGCGCUGCGGUCCGCGCUCUCGUCUCCGUUCCCACAGUGUGAAAGAGUGACGUGAAGCAGCAUGUACAGCGCAGUAGUGGCCAGUGGAUGUGUAGCCAGAAGGUUGCAGGUUCCAGCCCCGUUCCAGUGAAAACGCCGGCAGCUUGAGAGCUGGUGGACGGGGAUGAUGGAUGGGCUGCCCUGCGCUGCAGGAACAUGGAGGAGAGCCCCAGCGUUCAGCCCGGCAAGCCCGCCCCCAGCCUGGCGGAGUGGAAGAAGAGGGUCAAGUCCGAGUAUAUGCGGCUGCGACAGCUGAAACGCUUCCGGAAGGCAGAGGAGGUCAAGCUGCUCUUCAUGUCCAACCGCAGGAAGAUCAAGGGAAGGACGGACCUGCUGAACGAGGAGUGGUCCAAGCUGCGGGUGCAGUCCAUUCCGCUGGCCUCCUCCAUCGGCUCUCUGCCCAGCAAGAAGCAGUGCGUGGUGGAGUUCGGCUUCCCCGCCUUCCAGAGCCAGACGACCGCGAUGAGGACCCUGAGCACGGUGGCAGGAAUCCCCUUCAUGUACUCCUGGUCCCCACUGCAGCAGAACUUCAUGGUGGAGGACGAGACGUUCCUGCACAACAUCCCCUACAUGGGUGACGAAGUGCUGGAGCAGGAUGAGGCCUUCCUGGAGGAGCUCAUUGACAACUACGACGGCGUUCACGGAGACCAAGAGGGCGGCUUCAUCAACGACGAGAUCUUCAAGGAGCUGGUCGAGUCCCUCAGCCAGCACUCGGAUCACGAGGAGGAGGAAGCGGGACGGGGGGACGAGGAGGGCUGCAUGGAGAGGGAGGAGGAGGAGAAGGAAGAGGAAGGAGUCAGGAAGACAGAGGGCAAAGUGACGGUGGAGACCCAGCUAGAUCCAUCACUUGGUGACAGGAAGAAGACGAUGGAGGCAACAGAUUGCUGUGCCAACAAGAAGGUCCCCGACGAUAAGAUCUUCACAGCAAUCGCUUCCAUGUUUCCCUACAAGGGCACCACCGAGGAGCUCAAGGAGAAAUACAAGGACCUCCUGGAGCCCCCCAGUCCAGUCAAGCUGCCCCCACUGUGCACCCCCAACAUGGACGGGCCCUUCGCCAAGUCCGUGCAGCGGGAGCAGUCGCUUCACUCCUUCCACACCCUCUUCUGCAGACGCUGCUUCAAAUACGACUGCUUCCUCCACCCCUUCCAUGCCACUCCCAACAUGUACAAAAGGAAGAGCAAGGAGAUCUGCAUGGAGACGGAGCCGUGCGGCCUGGACUGCUUCCUGCUGCAGAAAGGGGCCAAGGAGUUUGCGGACCAGAACAUGCUGAGGUCCCCGCGGUCCCGGCGCCGACGCAGGCAGCCCCGCUCCUCCAGCUCCAGCUGUCCCGGCCCUUCCGCUCCCCCCGGGGAGGGCAAGGAGGGUGAAAGCGACCAGGACACCAACAGCUCAUCGGAGGGGAACUCGCGCUGCCAGACGCCCACCAAGAUGCGGCCCGUGUCGGAUGCGGGGGAGGAGCCCGAGGGGGAGGCGGAGACGACGGCGCUGCCGCCGCCGCCGCCGCCUCCUCAGUGGAGCGGGGCGGAGGAGUCGCUCUUCCGGGUGCUCCACGGCACCUACUACAACAACUUCUGCUCCAUCGCCCGCCUCAUCGGCACCAAGACGUGCAGACAGGUGUACGACUUUGCGGUGAAGGAGGCCCUCAUCCACCGGGUGCCUGUGGAGGACGGAGGCAUCUCCCCCCAGAAGAAGAAGAGAAAGCACAGGCUGUGGGCGAAGAUUCAGCUCAGGAAAGACAAUUCGUCCAACCAGGUGUACAACUACCAGCCGUGCGACCACCCCGAACACCCCUGCGACAGCUCGUGCCCCUGCGUGAUGACCCAGAAUUUCUGCGAGAAGUUCUGUCAGUGCGACAGUGCGUGUCAGAACCGCUUCCCGGGCUGCCGCUGCAAGACCCAGUGCAACACCAAGCAGUGCCCCUGCUACCUGGCGGUGCGCGAGUGCGACCCGGACCUGUGCGUGACCUGCGGCGCUGCCGAGCACUGGGACAGCAAGACGGUCUCCUGCAAGAACUGCAGCAUCCAGCGGGGCCUCAAGAAGCACCUUCUCUUGGCACCGUCGGACGUGGCCGGGUGGGGCACCUUCAUCAAGGAGGCCGUGCAGAAGAACGAGUUCAUUUCGGAGUACUGCGGAGAGCUCAUCUCCCAGGACGAGGCUGACAGGCGAGGCAGGAUCUAUGACAAGUACAUGUCCAGCUUCCUGUUCAACCUCAACAACGACUUUGUCGUGGAUGCCACCCGCAAGGGGAACAAAAUCCGCUUUGCGAACCACUCGGUGAACCCGAAUUGCUACGCUAAAGUGGUGAUGGUCAACGGGGACCACAGAAUCGGCAUCUUCGCCAAAAGGGCUAUCCAGCAAGGAGAGGAGCUCUUCUUCGAUUACAGGUACAGCCAGGCCGACGCCCUGAAGUACGUCGGCAUCGAAAGGGAGAUCGAUGUCAUGUAACCGGCCCUCCCGCCGUGCGUCAUUCCCACUCCGUGACUGAAAUACCGGUACCCUUUCCCACAAUGCCCGGGGCCAAGGAGACCGUCACCGGCCGGAAAGCUGCGUAAUUCACACACCCUUCCGCAGCCGAUUUUGUGGUUCCUCUCUCCGUGUCGCGGUCCAGCUGUUCGGUGUCAGUCUGCCGCCGCAAGUGAAUGUGCCGAGAUGAGCUCUUGAAAUAGUCAGAUAAUCAGUACUUUUCCAGGUUCGUUGCAUAGAUGUGUCGCUUGUUGAACUUCUCGAAAGCCGACGCCUGUAGUCGCAUCUCUCCUUCCUCCUGUCGCAGCGGUCGGCAGACAUAUCGCACUUUGACCUGAGCGUGUAAAUUGCUCCGUUUUAACACUUUGUCUGCAGCGACGGCUUCUGCUCGCAGCCCAAGAACCUGUUUUUAAUGCUGCUUUUUGCCGUUCGGAUCAGUCGCCAGUUCGGCGUCUGCGGUUUCCUCGCGCCUCGGCUUCCCCGCAGGCUCCUCUGGUUCACGUGGCCCGUCAGGUGGGGUGAUACGACAUUUACCAGUAAUAACCAAAAAAAAACUCAGCCGCCUGAUAAGGUUGCGAGCUACAGGAAGGCGAGGAUGACGCUUUUUCUCCCACCUCAGCGGAUUAUUCAGUGGCUCGUGAGCUGUUCUCUCUAGCUGUCUGACACUCGCUCAAUGACACUCGAUGACAGAGUCGCUCCUCGAACAAAUCGCUCAAACCGCGUCGAGUGAUGGUAGCUGGAGUCGCACAUUGGAGUGGUGAAAUCUCGGUAAAUCACGUCGGCUGAGGACUAGAGACAUUCGAAAACCCUCCGUGUUGCAGUGGAAACUUGUGUUAGGAAAUAGUCACAUAGCGGACGGGUGGUAGCAGGUUACAGGUUCAAUCCCCCCUCCGGCUGUAGUGCCCUUGAGCACGGUACUUAGCCUGAAUUGUUCCCGUAAAAUUGCCCAGCUGUUUAACUGCGUGAGUAACAUUUUAAGUCGCUUUGGAGAAAAGUGUCAGCCGAAUGAGUAAAUGUAACUGUGGUCCCUGGUCACUGGUGGGACUAAACACAAAUUAGCGCUGAAGACCCAUCAGUCUUGAAUUAUGCAAGUGAUCAGUGUUGCUUUAUUUUCACUGAUUGAUCUGUAACGACAAUGAAUGAUUCCUCAAUAAUUCUUUUCAUUCCACAAAGCAAAUGGACAAACCUUCAGUAUGAAUCUUUUCAAGUUGUACAAGAUAUUCAGGCUGUAAUGAAGAAAAAAAAAAAACUGAUCUCCAGGCUAAGAGAAGAACAGGUCAGUCAGAGCUACAGAAUUGAAAUUUCACCGCAAAGAAAAUAUCACGGGUGUUCGGGUCCAGGGAUCUUGCUUCAGCUUCUGUCCUUGUAUGAAAUGGAUACGUUGGACGACUUGUCAGCUUAGUUCCGUGAAACCGACCAGCCGAAUGAGACCUUUUCCCCGCCGAGCCAGCAGAGUAAUUUGGGGGGAAAGGUCGUUUGAGACAGAAUGACCCACUGGAUGGGCUUGAGGCAUCAAGAGGCACCUGCUGCUGUAAAGACAUGAACUCUAAGUAUAAGUACGUUUCACUUCUUGUUGCAUCCAGUUUUGAUUUUGUAGCCAUGAAUCAUACCACGUGUUGCCAUUUUACCAGAUUUUUGCCUGCUUCAGAGCAGGUACGUUUUAAUACUUACUGAUGUCUCAGCAUUUUGAAAGAGCGUUUACUACAUGUCGUGUUCAGACUGCUGUUUAUUUUAGGAAACAUCAGGAUGCCAGUAGCUGUGACCGACCGCGACGUGUUGUUGCCAGGAUGAACCGAUUCAGUUUAAACGAAGCAAUCUCAGCACUUGCAUGACUUCUCAGACAAGUGCCGUUAAACACGAACCCGCGUAUGUAACUUUUAUUUUCCAAAAAAAUAUUAGUCUCUUUAUAAUUUCAUGGG